GCUUGACCUGAUUCUAACAAAUCCGGAAUGCAGGAUGAGGUACAGUCUGCGCCAGAGAUCAGUACGGACAUCCCGCCCAUUUACUAUCGAUGGGCAAACGUCGAUUCACAGGGAGUCAAUACAAAAUCGCUCAUUAUCUCCGGACUCUUUUCAAAUAGCGAUCAAGACUUCUUUGGCCCAGAUGAGAUUCCGCAGGAAGCAUUCGAACAGUACGUCAUAAAGCAUGUCAGCACUGAGAAGUUCCUGUCACCUUUCAUUUCCACCUUUCAAUCUCUCUUGGCUCCCGUCCACCGCGCGAUCCGAGCUGGGGAGGGUGCGGCCGUGACAUUAAUCGAUACCUCGAAACUAGAGACAAAGGUAUACUCUGCAAAAUCUCUAGUGUGGGACCUAGGUAUAAAAAUUAAGGGAUACAGAGGAUUUGGAGAGUAUCUGGUUUGGGGCAAGGUACCAACGCCCGCUAUCAUCUGCACACUCAAGAUCAGCACCCUCGUCAGCAUCGCAGAAGAGGACACGGGCAUAGGAGAGAUUUUGCAACUGAAUCGCAUAAAGUCCUUUAAGCGAAACCGCAAUGAGCUGCAAACAGCCCUCUCAAGAGGCCCAGGAAGAGUAGAUGGCAGUUCUGGUCUUGUUGUUGGGAGAUUGCUGCGAAAGCUAAACGUGCCUGAUCCUUACCUCGAAGCAGUCGCUGUGAAUAUCUCAUACUCUUGGCGUUUCGCGCGUUGCAAGGAUACCAGCAAUUACAUGAGUGGUGUUCAGGCUGGCUACCACGGGCAUG